AUGACAGUGAUUAUGUCUCCGAGAAAGCUUUUUCGGAGCUACAUCCAUCUGAGAAACUCGUUUCCGAAGGGAAUUUUUGAUUCCAUUAAAGAGUACCAUCCAUUUUGCAAAUUGAAUCUCUUGGGAAACCAGUUUUUGGCCCUCGACGAACAUGAUUCAAGACCCCCGAUGGGUUUCGAGUGGAUCAGAUAUAGAGAGCCUUUCCAAAUAUCCAUACUUGACUUCCCGACUCUUGAAAGUUUCACACUGUACUAUCCCUGGAAAAUCCAAGGGGCAUCCUCAGGAUAUGUGCACGACGAUUAUUUCUUAGCCCUCGCUCGAGCCUCAAAUUUGAAGCAUCUCCGGAUUUGGAAUGCUGGCAUCUUGGAAGUCAUUGCUAGGCCCGAGCCGGAGACGAAACUAACCUUCGAUCAUCUUGAUCGGGGAGUCUCAGCUUCGAUCCUUGAGUCUCUUGUGUUUUUCGGUGGGCGUUACCAGCCAUACGAGCGCAUUCUCCUCAAAAUAUCGAGCAUCUUCGACCUUUCUCGCCUUCGAUCAUUGGAUAUACCCCUGACAGAGGAUAUCGCCCUCCUAGGUGAAGUAGCCCCAAUCUUACUUAACGUAGAGCGCCUGUCUGUGACACGAUGUCAAGAAGAUCCGGAAGAAGAUCUACAAAUCUUUCAUGAUGAGAGUCGUGUGGUCGAAGCAAUCCUGUCAUUCAGGCCACUAAAGGAUCUUCGAAUCCAGGUGACCAGAAGCUUCGACGCCCUCCAUACUAUCCUUCUACACCAUGGGAGAUAUUUGGAGAGUUUAAUCAUAGAGCCUAGCGGUACCUCGUUCAAGGCUCACAAUAGAGGUGAUGGAGGCUAUAGGUUCCCUCCACUCGAUUGCCAGCGGAUUCGUGAAUUGGCACGUCUGUGCCCAAAAAUCGCAGAAUUACGCGUACAAAUCACGCGGUCAACAGGUGGCACUGAUGAAUAUGACGCUUAUAGAGCUUUGGGUGACUUUCCCUCUCUCCACACCCUUUUCAUUGAUCUACAAUGCGACCCUCGACAACAGCCACUUGAUAUUGAUGCCGAUCCCCCGUAUGAGCAGAUUUUCAGGAAUGCGGCAACUGAUGAGGCGCUGACAAUGACCAUAUGGGAUACUAUUACUUCUCAUAAGAUCGGCAAAGAACUGAGAAAUCUACGUUGUACACCAUUUGGGCAACCCUUUUAUACCGAUACCUUGAAUUGUGUUCUUUUCACCAUCGGUAAAUCACUACUUGUUAAGCGACUUGAUUCCCAAGGACCCAAUUCAUUGGAAAUAACUGCGAUUGGCGAGGAUCAACGACGCAGACGGGUUAAAAAAUACCUGGGGCUUACAGGUGUGGAUGUGGAAGCUGGAGAGGAUGACAUUCGAGACGGGGAGAUCAGGGACGCUCUUUCGCGGAUUUGGCCUGGUAACUGGAUGACUUCCUGGCAUAGCUUCCUUCGGCCGGAAAUUGAUCAAGAUGUAUAA